GGCUGACCGGAGGGAGUUCGGUUGAGAGGGUGCUGGCUGGUUGGAUGGAGGAGGAGUACCACUGAUGAGAGAGCGAAGACGCGUAGAAGGGACUGUUUUAGCACGCUUUGGAGGACUAUUACAUUUUAUAGAGACAAACACCCGGGCGGGGGUUCUUCGUCUACUGGUGCCCUUGAUUGUUUUGCUUCUGGUUUCCAGCAGCAAUGUCACAGAGGAGUGGGCAGGAGGACCCGGAGCGGUACCUCUUUGUGGACCGCGCUGUGGUGUACAACCCAGCAGCACAGGCCGACUGGACUGCCAAGAGGCUAGUAUGGAUCCCAUCAGAGCGCAAUGGCUUUGAGGCUGCGAGUAUUCGUGAGGAGCGUGGAGAUGAGGUGGUGUUGGAGCUGGCAGAGAAUGGAAAGAAGGCAGUGGUCAACAAGGAUGACAUCCAGAAAAUGAACCCGCCCAAGUUCAGCAAGGUGGAGGAUAUGGCUGAACUUACCUGCUUGAAUGAGGCGUCUGUGCUUCACAACCUUAAAGACCGCUACUACUCUGGCCUCAUCUAUACAUACUCUGGCCUCUUCUGUGUGGUCAUAAAUCCCUACAAAAACCUGCCUAUCUACUCAGAGAACAUCAUCGAGAUGUACAGAGGCAAAAAGAGGCACGAAAUGCCUCCUCACAUAUACGCCAUCUCAGAGUCGGCGUACAGAUGCAUGCUUCAAGAUCGAGAGGACCAAUCCAUUCUUUGCACAGGUGAAUCAGGGGCUGGAAAGACAGAAAACACAAAAAAGGUCAUUCAGUACCUGGCACAUGUUGCCUCCUCCCACAAAGGAAGAAAAGACCACAACAUUCCUCCAGAAUCACCCAAACCAGUGAAACUACAGGCUCAAAAUGCAAUUAGUGGACCCCUGUUUUAUGGUGAACUGGAACGUCAGCUUUUACAAGCUAACCCCAUCCUCGAAUCCUUUGGGAACGCAAAGACUGUAAAAAAUGACAACUCUUCACGUUUUGGGAAAUUCAUCCGGAUCAACUUCGAUGUCACCGGAUACAUUGUUGGGGCAAAUAUUGAAACGUACUUACUGGAGAAAUCCAGAGCUAUCCGUCAAGCCAAAGAUGAGCGCACCUUCCACAUUUUUUACCAGCUGCUGGCUGGGGCUGGGGAACACCUCAAAUCGGACCUGCUUUUGGAAGGAUUCAACAGCUACCGUUUCCUGUCCAACGGUAACAUCCCAAUCCCAGGCCAACAGGACAAAGACAACUUCCAAGAGACAAUGGAGGCCAUGCACAUCAUGAGCUUCGGCCAUGAGGAGAUUCUGGCCAUGUUGAAGGUGGUCUCCUCAGUGCUUCAGUUUGGUAACAUCAUCUUCAAGAAGGAGAGGAACACUGACCAAGCCUCUAUGCCAGAUAAUACUGCUGCUCAGAAGCUGUGUCAUCUCCUGGGUAUGAAUGUACUGGAGUUUACCAGAGCCAUUCUGUCACCAAGAAUUAAAGUGGGAAGAGACUACGUUCAGAAAGCUCAGACUAAAGAGCAGGCUGACUUUGCUGUGGAGGCCCUGGCUAAAGCAACAUAUGAGCGUCUGUUCCGCUGGCUGGUCCAUCGCAUUAAUAAAGCUCUGGACAGAACCAAACGACAGGGUGCCUCCUUCAUUGGCAUCCUGGACAUCGCUGGUUUUGAGAUUUUCCAGCUCAACUCAUUUGAGCAGCUGUGUAUCAACUACACCAAUGAGAAGCUGCAGCAGCUCUUCAACCACACCAUGUUCAUCCUGGAGCAGGAGGAGUACCAGAGGGAGGGCAUCGAGUGGAGCUUCAUCGACUUCGGCCUCGACCUGCAGCCCUGCAUCGACCUCAUUGAGAGGCCGGCGAACCCUCCAGGAGUGUUGGCUCUACUGGAUGAGGAGUGCUGGUUCCCCAAGGCCACAGACAAGACCUUCAUAGACAAGCUGAUCCAGGAGCAGGGCACACACACCAAGUUUCAGAAGCCUCGCCAGCUCAAAGAUAAGGCCGACUUCUGCAUCAUCCACUACGCCGGCAAGGUGGACUACAAGGCCGAUGAGUGGCUGAUGAAGAACAUGGACCCUCUGAAUGACAACGUGGCCACACUGCUGCAUCAGUCUACCGACAAAUUUGUGGCUGAACUGUGGAAAGAUGUCGACCGUAUCGUGGGUCUGGACCAGGUGGCAGGAAUGAACGAGACAGCGUUUGGUGCCACCUACAAAACGAAAAAGGGCAUGUUUCGUACAGUGGGACAGCUAUACAAAGAGUCACUCACUAAGCUUAUGGCCACACUGAGAAACACCAACCCCAACUUUGUUCGCUGCAUCAUCCCCAACCACGAAAAAAGAUCCGGUAAACUGGAGCCUCACCUGGUUCUGGACCAGCUCAGGUGUAAUGGAGUCCUAGAGGGGAUUCGCAUCUGCAGACAGGGCUUCCCCAACCGCAUCAUCUUCCAGGAGUUCAGACAGAGGUAUGAGAUCCUCACACCAAACGCUAUCCCUAAAGGAUUCAUGGAUGGAAAACAAGCCUGUGAGAGAAUGAUCCAGGCCCUGGAGCUGGACCCCAACCUCUUCCGUAUUGGGCAGAGUAAGAUCUUCUUCAGGACUGGGGUUCUGGCUCAUCUGGAGGAGGAGAGAGACCUGAAGAUCACUGACAUCAUCAUCUACUUCCAGUCUGUGUGUCGUGGAUACUUGGCGCGCAAAGCCUUCGCUAAGAAGCAGCAGCAGCUCAGUGCCCUGAAGGUCCUGCAAAGGAACUGUGCAGCUUAUCUGAAGCUGAGACACUGGCAGUGGUGGAGGCUCUUCACCAAGGUGAAGCCGUUACUGCAGGUCACCAGGCAGGAGGAGGAGCUGCAGGCCAAAGACGAGGAACUCAUAAAGGUUAAGGAGAGACAACUCAAGGUGGAGAACGAGCUGGUGGAGAUGGAGAGGAAACACCAGCAGCUCAUAGAGGAGAAGAAUAUUCUAGCAGAGCAACUCCACGCAGAGACAGAGCUGUUUGCUGAGGCCGAGGAGAUGAGAGUUCGCCUACUUUCUAGGAAGCAAGAACUGGAGGAGAUACUUCAUGACCUGGAGUCCAGGGUGGAGGAGGAGGAGGAGAGGAACCAGAGCCUGCAGACAGAGAAGAAGAAGAUGCAGUCUCACAUUCAGGAUCUGGAGGAGCAGCUGGACGAGGAGGAAGCUGCAAGACAGAAGCUACAACUGGAUAAAGUUACUGCCGAGGCAAAGAUCAAGAAGAUGGAGGAAGACAUUCUGCUACUAGAGGACCAAAACUCCAAGUUCCUCAAGGAAAAGAAGCUGCUGGAGGACAGGAUCGUUGAGAUGACCACCCAGCUAACAGAGGAGGAGGAGAAAGCAAAGAAUCUCGGCAAGGUCAAGAACAAGCAGGAGAUGAUGAUGGUUGACCUGGAGGAGCGUUUAAAGAAGGAAGAGAAGACGCGCCAGGAGCUGGAAAAAGCCAAACGCAAACUAGAUGCUGAGACGACUGACCUGCAGGACCAGAUUGCUGAGCUUCAGGCCCAGAUAGAGGAGCUCAAGAUCCAACUGGCCAAAAAGGAGGAGGAGCUACAGGCUGUUCUGGCCAGGAGUGACGAGGAGACUGUCCAGAAGAACAACGCCUUGAAGCAGGUUCGGGAGCUGCAGGCUCAGCUAGCUGAACUCCAGGAGGAUCUGGAGUCUGAGAAACUGUGUCGAAGUAAAGCUGAGAAACUCAAGAGGGACCUGAGUGAGGAGCUGGAGGCUCUGAAGACGGAGCUGGAGGACACGCUAGACACCACUGCCGCCCAGCAGGAACUCAGGACCAAGCGAGAGCAAGAGGUGGCAGAGCUGAAAAAGGCCAUAGACGAGGAGACCAAAAACCACGAGGCUCAGAUCCAGGACAUGAGACAGAGGCACGCCACAGCACUGGAAGAGCUGUCUGAACAGCUGGAACAGGCCAAGAGGUUCAAGGCCAACCUGGAGAAGAACAAGCAGUGUCUGGAGAGUGACAACAAAGAGCUGGCCUGUGAUGUGAAGAGUCUGCAGCAGGCGAAGACGGAGUCUGAACACAAGAGGAAGAAGCUGGAGGCUCAGCUGCAGGAGUUUAUGGCCAGGGCCACUGAGAUGGAGAGGACCAAGGGAGAGCUGUCUGAGCGCUCAUACAAACUCCAGACGGAGCUCGACAACGUGUCUGCUUUGCUGGAGGAGGCAGAGAAGAAGAGUGUGAAACUGGCUAAAGAAGUUGACAACUUAAACAGCAAACUGCAAGACUCAGAGGAGCUGCGACAGGAAGAAACACGUCAGAAGCUGAACCUGAGCGGCCAAAUCCGCCAGCUGGAGGCAGAAAAGAACACCUUGCUGGAACAGCAGGAAGAAGAUGAGGAGGCACGCCGCAGCCUGGAGAAACAGCUGCAGACGGUGCAGGCUCAGCUGUUUGAGACAAAGAAAAAGCUUGAUGACGAUGUGGGAGCAAUGGAGGGCCUGGAGGAAGCAAAGAGAAAACUUCAGAAGGACAUGGAGCUCUCCAUCCAGCGUCUGGAUGAGAAGACCAUGGCCUUGGAUAAGAUGGAGAAGACCAAGAACCGACUGCAGCAGGAGCUGGACGACCAAAUGGUGAACCUGGACCAACAAAGACAGAUCGUCUCCAACCUGGAAAAGAAGCAGAAGAAAUUUGACCAGAUGCUGGCUGAGGAGAAGACCAUCUCUGCUCGCUACGCUGAGGAGCGUGACCGUGCUGAGGCUGAAGCCAGGGAGAAGGACACCAAGGCUCUGUCUAUGGCCAGAGCUCUGGAGGAGGCCUUGGAGGCCAAAGAGGAGCUAGAAAGAUUUAACAAGCAGCUCCGUGCUGAAAUGGAGGACUUGAUGAGCUCCAAGGACGACGUGGGAAAGAAUGUCCAUGAACUGGAGAAGUCCAAGCGUACUCUGGAGCAGCAGGUGGAGGAGAUGAGGACGCAGCUGGAGGAGCUGGAGGAUGAGCUGCAGGCCACAGAAGAUGCCAAACUUCGUCUGGAGGUCAACAUGCAGGCCAUGAAGGCCCAGUUUGACCGAGACCUGCAGGGCAGAGAGGAGCAGGGAGAGGAGAAGAAGAGAGCGCUGGUCAAACAGGUGCGUGAGAUGGAGGCAGAGCUGGAGGAUGAAAGAAAGCAGAGAACUCUGGCUGUCGCCUCCAAGAAGAAGCUGGAGAUGGACCUGAAUGAGCUUGAGGGUCAGAUUGAAGCCGCCAACAAAGGCAGGGACGAGGCCAUCAAACAGCUCAGAAAACUGCAGGCUCAGAUGAAGGACUAUCAGAGGGAGCUGGAGGAGGCCAGAGCUUCCAGAGAUGAGAUCUUCACCCAGUCCAAAGAGAACGAGAAGAAACUCAAGAGCCUUGAAGCUGAAAUCCUGCAGCUUCAGGAGGACCAUGCAGCAUCAGAGAGGGCCCGUCGACAUGCUGAACAGGAGAGAGACGAGCUGGCUGAUGAGAUCUCCAACAGCGCUUCUGGAAAGUCAUCACUGCUGGAGGAGAAAAAGAGGCUGGAGGCUCGUAUUGCCCAGCUGGAGGAGGAGCUGGAGGAGGAGCAGGGCAACAUGGAGCUGCUCAACGACCGCUUCAGAAAGACCACCAUGCAGGUCGACAGCCUGAACAACGAGUUGGCUGGAGAACGCAGCGUUGCGCAAAAGAGUGAGAACGCUCGACAACAGAUGGAGCGUCAGAACAAGGAGUUGAAAGCCAAGCUGGCAGAGCUGGAAGGGUCUGUCAAGUCCAAGUUUAAGGCGUCUAUCACAGCCCUGGAGGCAAAGAUCCUGCAGCUGGAGGAGCAGCUGGAGCAGGAAGCCAAGGAGAGAGCAGCGGCCAACAAAAUAGUCAGGCGCACGGAGAAGAAACUGAAGGAGGUGAUGAUGCAGGUGGAGGAUGAGCGUCGUCACGCCGACCAGUACAAAGAGCAGAUGGAGAAGGCCAACUCUCGUAUGAAGCAGCUGAAGCGUCAGCUGGAAGAGGCGGAGGAGGAGGCCACCAGAGCCAAUGCCUCCCGCAGGAAGCUGCAGAGGGAGCUGGAUGACGCCACCGAGGCCAGCGAGGGUCUCACCCGGGAGGUCACUUCCCUGAAGAACCGCCUCAGGCGUGGAGGUCCAGUGAGCAGCUUCUCCAGCCGCUCAGGCCGCCGCAACCUCAAUCUGGACGGGGCGUCUGUUGACAUGUCAGACGACGAUGCCGACAGCCGCACCAGCGACUUCAACGAGACACAAACCUCCAACGUCGAGUAAACACAGCCAUCCUCUCCUCCCUCACUUUUCUCCCCCUCUCCUCGUCACCUCCCUCCUCGUCCACCUAUGACCUGCGCCCAGUUUUCCUUCCAAAGAUCCUCGGCGUCCACAUGGUCUUUAUUCAUUUCAAACCACUGACUGGUCAGAAGAUUGGAGCGAUGCAGCCAUUUUUGAUUGAGCGGGGCCGAGUGCACCUGGCAGCACGUCUCUGCCCUUUUUGUAUCAGUUAACACUGCAGGGAAAAUCCACCGCCCUCCUCAAGAAGAGCCUCCGGUCCUGGAGUCACAGGGGCAAAUGGACACUUCUGCCUUACUCUGUUGUCCUCUGCCAAGCUGCUAGUCCUGGCUCAUCUGUCAGCCAUGUAUCAUCUCAGUGUCAUAACACCCCCGUCCCAUCAGGCGUGACAUUCUCUGCUCAGCUUAUUGAGAAAGUAUGCAUAGGUACAAAGUGCUUUUUAUACAUAUGAAACUCUGUGUGUGGUGAUGUAGGCGAAGGCUGUACGCCCUCAUGUAUGUGACCACUCUUCAUACUGGAAAUGCAGGACUACAAGGAGAAGUUUUUCACUCUGGUGUUGUUGUAAGUGUUCUGCUCACUAGUUUGUGUAGGAGUCAUCUCGUACCUGACACACUCCCUCCUUCCUGUGUUCAGACUUAAAACAAAAAAAAAAAAAAGCCCAAACCAAGGUCACUGUGGCCUUCAGACGCCGGCUGCUUUAGAUGCAUGAGUCUCCUUCUAGUGAUGUUCCUUGUUCAGCGUCUUCACGGCAGCACUACAGGAACGAGCCACUACCACGUGGGGACAUGCAAUAGAAAAACAUGGACUCUGAAUGGAAAGGGUAUUACUGUGAAAAAAAAGGUAUUUAAUUUUCUCUGUUGGUUCAUCUCAACAUUUAGUGAAGGAAUGUGUAGCUGGGUUUUAACUGGGAAUUUGAAGCUUGUGGCCCAUUUUGUGUUGUUGACCAGUUUGAACACUGAUGUGUUUUGAAGGAUACGGUCUACGAAUGAGGUAAAGAUGCUGGAGAAUGCACAGAACUGCACAGAGGUCAAUGUGACACUAAAUGGUUACUAACCAGGUACUUUGACUGGGAAGGAGACGCAUUAUAAAUAGUCAUCCUCUCCCUACAUUUCAGUGUUUGUGUUUAGCCCAACUCAGUAUUAGCAUUACAUUUAAGACAGAGCUUCAGCUAAGCAGUGAUUUGUCUGAUCUUUGGAAAGCCAGGUUUAACACUUUACUGCAGUUCUUAAAGGUAUUUCUAAAGUCCUCAAAACCCUAUAUCCAUCUGAAUUAAGAAGAAUUGUCUCUUACUUAAUUUUAAAUCAUUAGGCCGGCUGCUGCCAAAAUUUACAGAAAAACUAAAAAUAAAUAAAUUGGGAAUGUUUCCUAUCUCAAAUAAAGGUGGUAGCUGGAAAUUGUCAAAUUCAUUUAAAAUAAUCUCACCAUUUGGUCCAUUAGAGCAGCUGAUCAUUUUACACCUGAAGGAAAACCACUAGCAUAACUCACCUGACUCAGACAAGUUGUGAAUGAGUCAAAUUUGAAAAGGAAGCAGGAUUUACAAAUAAAAGAUGACUUCUCUAGUUUUAUUAUUGCAUCAGUUUGAUACAUCUGUUAAACUUCCCAGUUUAGUAUUCCUUUAAAGGACCGGGGUCGGUAAUUGAGUGCCAUCUGGUGGUGAGGCUGUAGAUCGCAACCAACUGCUUGUCAAAGCGUGGAGGAAACCCCACAUUGGUUGCCACCUCCUGAAAACAGGCUAUUUUUUGUUGGUGCUCUCUAGGUUACUGAUGCAACAUGGCGGACAUGAAGGGAUCUUUUAGGCUAACAAAACAAUCAUUUGUAUCAACAGAUGAAAACUGCUGAUUGAUCCUCUAAAUCCUACACAGUGGUCGUUUAAUUGCUUCUUGUUCAUACUGGUUCAAAAACAAAUUUGUUUUUCUUCUUAUAACAAAGUCAACCGAACCACUGAGAUGGUUAUAGUGUUUUUAUUUGUUUUAAUUAGAUUUUAAGAUUACCUUUAGAACAGUAGCGAGAGUUCUGAGUUUUUCACAAAAAGAAAAAUCUACAAAUGGAUACUUGUAAGCUCUGUGACUGGAAUGUAAAUUGUGUCAUUAUUUUGAGUUUAAUCCUGACUCUUCAAACCACCACCAGAUCUCAUCACGUAUUAAUGUUUGUAGGUAAUGCUGCGAUAAAAUAGAGCUCAUUACAACAUGGGAAGUAAUGUCGGUGACUUGUGAAGUUAUCAAAAUGUCCACUUAACAAGGUUGUGAAUACCACAGGAGGAAACCAUCUGAAGGCAGCAUAAGAGAAGCAUUUUUUCUGAAGUAUUUUUUUUUUUCUUUCAAGUUUUGUCCAAGUUCUUUUAGUGCUUUUAGCUCUGCUCCAGUGUGAAAACUACAUGCCAGGGUAGCCAUAUCCACCAACGACUCAACUUCUUUUCCUUUAUUUUGGACAUGUUGAUGGUGGUCAUCAAUGGCAGACUCCUUUGCCCUUCUACCCAAAUGUUAACACUAAACAGUAUGUUUCUUUAAAAGUGCCUUAGACACUAAAUAAGAACAUAAGUGGGCAAAUACUUCAUUACGGAUUUGAAAACAAACAAAAAACAGGAGAUGACAGGUACAUCAAGAAUAUACUCAACACGUAAUCUUGUUUUCUUUCGUUUGUAUUUCCGCCAUGCGUCGUAUCAUAUCCACUGUGUACCUCUGUGUCCAUAAUAACCUAGCUUCAUCAUUAUUACAGUAUUAUGAUUAACUAACAUGAGAAGCGGGGCCCUCUGCAGCUGCUUUUCUCCCAGGUGAAGGCUCAGCAUUUACUCUGGGAACUGAUGGUGCUGCACAGGAUUUAAAUUUGGUUGGAAGCUUUAACAUCCACAAGUAGUUAACUCGUCUUUCUUUUAUAAUUUUCCAGCUGGCUGUUGACAACUGGGCGUUCAACUGCAAAUACUCCCACCAUGUUACUUCUUGUAUACCUGUAUUUCUAGAAGGUGAUUUUUUUCAGUUUUGUUUGUUUUUGUAAAAGGAAAAUAAAGCAUAUUCAUUGUAACUUG